GACAGAAAAACCCUUUCACAAAGCUUGAUUGAUGUUGCGAUGCAGUUUGUUGGGUUAGGGAACAGCUUCCAAGGGAAUAGCCAAUAAUUCACGUUCAAAAUAACAACAUAUUUAAAGUUAUAUGAUUUAGAAUGGAUAUUUUAGGGGAUGACGAAGCUCAAGAUCUGAAAUUUAAACCUGGGGGUCGUUUGGACAUGAGCCAUGGUUUCUUACACCACAUCCGAAGGAACCAGAUUGCCAGAGAUGAUUAUGACAAGGCGGUGAAGCAAGCUAAAGAGCUCCAAAACCGCAGGCAAACAACUCCUAGACGCCCACGUCGACCAGACAUCCAAGUUUACCAUCCACGAAGAAGCAACGGGUCGGAGACGGGUGUGGGUGGAGCAGAUGAGUCGAAUGAAAGUGGGUCAAGUUCGGAGGCAGAGAGCCAGGGAACCGAACUGUUCUGGCUCGACUACCAGUCCGACUCCGGAAGUGUCACAUCCUUCAUCGUACACAAGGGAGACAAGCCAGAGAGGGUGGUGGAGCGCGUGGCAGAGAGGAACGACUUGGACAAAGCCAUGAGGGUGGCGCUGCAGGCUCGAGUUCGACAGGAAAUGGACAAACGAGGGGACAAGCGCUGAGCAACGCAUCAAAGGGGAUUGCUUGAGUCGUCACGGAGACAGAAGGGAGAGUGUUGAAGAAGACAGAAUUCCUUCAGUGUCCUCGCAAGAGUCCUAUAAAUACACAUAUGAUGACAGCCGUAUAACUGGGACCAGAGGUACGACUUGAACCUAAGGCACAGAGGAUGUUUCAGGAGGUUGGUGGUGUUAACCAGCAAAGCUGAGCCCUAUGUGCCAACGGCUCCCAGGAAGUAAACACACAGCAUUUUAACGAUGUAGAUCACAAUAACAUAACAAUUGUCUGCAGAGAAUGCUAGUGAACUGAAACAGGUCCAUGCAAACUGAACGCAUUUGAGGUUUCGACCCUUGAAAUUGAUCUUCUUGCAUCUGAAAAUAAGUUGCGAAUCACAUGAUGGGGAAACGGUCAUUUUAAAAAGGGAAAGAAAAUCACGGUUUAUGCAAAUCCUCUUCAGGAGAAGAAGAACAAGACAUGGUGUGGUUUGAUGUGAGGGGUCCCGACCAUGUGACUCGACCAUGUGACUACUGUUGAUCAGCUGACCUGUGACCAUCUGGGUGUGUGGACCAUGUGGUCUCCCUGAUCUGGAGAACAGACUGACACACGGACAGAACACCAACAGGCUCUAGAGACUGUCACCCUGGAGACUGUUACCCUGGAGACUGUCACCACAGGACAGUCUGUUUCUAUAUCCUGUACCAUAGACUCUGUACAAAACGUACUCGUGUGUGUGUGUGCGUGUGUGUGUGUGAGUAGGAUGUUGGUGCAUUUAUUUACAGUUCUUUUCAACAUUUUAGAUUUUUUUUUUGUUCUCUUUGUGAUUACAUGUGUUUGAUUUGACUGAAGAGGAAAUUCAG